UGAAUGCCAAAAAUGAGGAGUUGUGUCCAUACUUUAUUCAGUGUUAGGAAAAGCAAGAUUGUAAAAGGAAUGAUCAUCUCUUGAAGCAGAGCCAGCUACACAGCCGAGCCCUUCUUUCUUCAUGAAUUUGUACACAGUUCUUAUUUUAACAGAACAAACUUUCAGAGGAUACUCACAUGGGACUGCUGAACCAGCUGUACAACUUUUAUUUUGAAGAAAAAGUUGAGCCCCAGAGCAGCCUGCUUUAAAGACAGGGAGGGACUUAACUUCCCGAGCUUAGCUUGACCAGCAUGUGGAAGGAGAGCUCUCAUGGCUGCGAUCACUUAGGGAGCUCCUACCUGGGUGCCACCAGGGUAGGAAGUUUUCUGUUUGUUUUGUUCUCUUUCCGAGAGUUCGGUGCACUUCUCCUGCCCAUAUCAGAGUGACUCUCGGUGGUUUUGCACACCCUGCUCUGUGGGGGAGUGCCCCAACGUGCCUGUCUUAUGUGGCCUCUAUGGACACACUGCUCAGCUGGCAGAGAACAGGGAAGUUUUCUCCCAGCACCCAAAAAGAGAAAGGAAACUAGUUUUUCUUUCUGGGCUCCUUGCAGCACAAUAGAUCAGGAUAAGCUUCCACAUUCCCUCCCUGGAUUUCUGGAGUGGUUUUCCAGGAAGAAAUUACACCCUCACCUUUAAAUGGAUGACCAUGUCACAAUCAGGAAGAAACAUCUCCAAAGACCCAUCUUUAGAUUAAGAUGCUUAGUGAAGCAGCUGGAAAAAGGUGAUGUGAACGUCGUAGACUUAAAGAAGAACAUUGAAUAUGCAGCAUCGGUGUUGGAAGCAGUUUAUAUUGAUGAAACGAGAAGACUGCUGGAUACCGACGAUGAGCUCAGCGACAUUCAGUCAGACUCGGUCCCAUUGGAAGUCCGGGACUGGUUGGCUUCUACCUUUACACGGAAAAUGGGGAUGAUGAAAAAGAAAUCAGAGGAAAAACCAAAAUUUCGGAGCAUUGUGCAUGCUGUUCAAGCUGGCAUUUUUGUGGAAAGGAUGUACAGAAAGUCCUAUCACAUGGUUGGUUUGGCAUAUCCAGAAGCUGUCAUAGUAACAUUAAAGGAAGUGGAUAAAUGGUCUUUUGAUGUAUUUGCCUUAAAUGAAGCAAGUGGAGAACAUAGUCUGAAGUUUAUGAUUUAUGAACUGUUUACCAGAUAUGAUCUUAUCAACCGUUUCAAGAUUCCUGUUUCUUGCCUAAUUGCCUUUGCAGAAGCUUUGGAAGUUGGUUACAGCAAGUACAAAAAUCCUUAUCACAAUCUGAUCCACGCAGCUGAUGUCACUCAAACUGUGCAUUACAUAAUGCUCCAUACAGGUAUCAUGCACUGGCUCACGGAACUGGAAAUUUUAGCGCUGGUCUUCGCCGCUGCCAUCCAUGACUACGAGCACACCGGGACCACCAAUAACUUCCACAUUCAGACGAGGUCAGAUGUUGCCAUUUUGUAUAAUGACCGAUCUGUCCUUGAAAAUCACCAUGUAAGUGCAGCUUAUCGGCUUAUGCAAGAAGAAGAAAUGAAUGUCUUGAUAAAUUUAUCCAAAGAUGACUGGAGGGAUCUUCGGAACCUAGUGGUUGAAAUGGUUUUGUCUACAGACAUGUCUGGUCACUUCCAGCAAAUUAAAAAUAUACGCAACAAUUUGCAGCAGCCUGAAGGGAUUGACAGGGCCAAAACCAUGUCCCUGAUUCUUCACGCAGCGGACAUCAGCCACCCAGCCAAGUGCUGGCAGCUGCACCACCGGUGGACUAUGGCCUUGAUGGAGGAGUUUUUCCGACAGGGAGAUAAAGAAGCCGAGUUAGGGCUUCCGUUUUCCCCACUCUGUGACCGGAAGUCGACUAUGGUGGCCCAGUCACAAAUAGGUUUUAUUGAUUUCAUAGUAGAGCCAACAUUUUCUCUCCUGACGGACUCAACAGAGAAAAUUAUUAUUCCUCUUAUAGAGGAAGACUCAAAAACCAAAAAUUCUUAUGGAGCAAGCAGGCGAUCGAAUGUGAAAGGCACCGUGAACGAUGGAACCUACUCCCCAGACUACUCCCUUGCAAGUGUGGACCUGAAGAGCUUCAAGAACAACCUGGUAGACAUCAUCCAGCAGAACAAGGAGAGAUGGAAAGAGCUGGCUGCACAAGGUGAACCUGAUCUUCAUAAGAACACAGAAGGUCAAGUAAAUGCUGAAGAAAACCGUGCUGAUACACGUGCAUAGGUCUAGAACACCAUAAGGCUUCUGUCAUGUUAACUAAGAGAGGAUAAUGAAAACAGUACUAAAACAUCCUAAUUCCUCAACUUCCUGCAGAACUAUAUUAUUCUCUCUCAACACACACUGGGAUCGGGCCAUUUUUAUGGACUUCUAUGUAAGGAAUUAAUAGGAAGAACAUAAAAUUCUGUGCUAGGAACUCUGGCCAAAUAAAUACACUCAAACUUGCCAUCAGAGUUUUUAGCCAGUGCUUCUGCCAUCAUUUUUCCUCCACAAUUUGGCCUUCUUCAGUUGAUCCAGAGACAUUUUUUAAGACAAAAGUGGGACAGAUUCAAAUUGUCAUUAUUUUGAACCCAGUUUUAGCAUGGGUGAUUCUGCAAUAUGUGUGCAAAAGAUAAAGUGUUUUUAAAAUUCAUUUUCUCCCACUGUUUUACACAUGAUGCUAUAACUACAUUUUUUGAAGUCUUAAGUAAAAGGAAAGCAAAAACAAAAUGAAGGAAAAUAUUUUUUACAGCUCUGAGGAACAGGCCAUUUAGAACGUCCUUGCUCUUUUAAAUACAUGGGAACAAAUGAGAGACAGGACAGCUCAGAGGCUGUGGUUGAAGUCCUGAAAUGACACUGGAGCAUCAUACAUAGUCUUGGCUUUAUGACCUGAUCGAUGAACACAGCAUCAUGAGUCUGGAGCUGGAAUCCACAGUGAAACCUGUCCUGGGAACUAGUAGACCAGCCUAUACCCAUCCAUGUGGCUUCGAUGCACCAAUGACUCACCUACGCGGGCUCCAUCACCACGGAAGUCACAUAUUACCUGCAAUCCAAGAUGACAAGAACCUCCAGCGGUUGUUGGAGUCAGACACACAAACUGGGAAUGGAAUUUGCCUCCUGGGGUGUUGAUCCCAUUAGGAUGUACCAGAAUAUAUAACAGGCCAAGAGAUAAGUGACAAGGAGUGUGUGUGCGUGCUUGUGUAUAUAGGGUGCAUACUCAAAAAUAUCUGGGAAAGGAAGCCCACACUUUUCUGUACAGAUAAUGUUAUUUGAUGUGACUUUACAUUUCACUACACAAACCACCUUGGAGACUCUGCUCCCCUGUCAUGUUUUGCCUGAGCAUGUGCAGAGCCUCUCCUUUGCUCCAACCUGAAGAACUACCUUUAUUUGUUAUUAGCUGACAAGCAAAGUUAAGCACAGUUAGGUGGUGUAACUUUUCACUGUAUAAACACUUCAAUAAUUGUGAGACUAGGUGGCUUUGUUUUUGUGAAAGGCAGAAAAAUGGAUGGAAAAAAAUCAAGAGUGGCCAUUGAUUGAAGGGAAGGAGGGUGUGUCCAUCCUAAAAAGUUUUUCUGUUGCACCUGCUGCUUUUCUGGGUUCCACGAUGCUAAGCAAUAUUUUAGAAAUGGGUACAACCAGAAGCUUUUAAGUCUAAAGAGUGGGAUUUUAUAACUCACAACUUAGAUCUCUUUUAAAGUGUAAGCCAUAUUCUAUAUGCAUAUUAGGUAUGCAUCAUUCUAAUUUAAGAUAUAUUUGUGCAUAAAGUGUGUAUAAAGAGCUUUUAAAUGUUCUGUGAAUAAGGUUCUUGGCUUUUGUUUCACCAGAAUCUUCUGUAGAAAACAGCUAUAUAAUUGAAUUGUAUCAUAGACAUUAUAAUGCAAUUAAUAUUUUAAAUGUAAGCAGUAGAGACUGAUCUAUACUGAUGUGUUGGGGGAAAUUUAUAUAUGUACAUCAUGGUGACGUUUUGUCCUUUAAAAGGGGUCUUUUUAUUUCUAUUUAUGGAGAAACUGUAACUACUGCUUUAAUUGCCUUUUCUUAAGUAGCUAUUUACCAGCUAGAAAACAUUCUGCAUUUAAAAUAGAAUGUGACUCUGGAAAGUCUAAUUACUUUUGUUCCUAUUUGAGCCAGCUGUCUUUCAGUAAAGCUAGAGAAGCUCUGGAGGGAGAAGCACAUUGAAACACUCCUUCGCCAUGGUCAUAGGAAGCAUGUCCAUUUUGUUCCUAUUAAUACUGUAAGGUCCAUAGACUUUGUUACUCAAACAAUAGAGGAGUAUAAUGAAUUUAUCAAUUUCUCCCUGAGGGCUUAACCUACUUUUCCAGGUCCCCUGACUUGGAGGACUGGCUGAUCUUCCAGAGGAGUGGAGAGAACAGGUCCGUAGUUACAGGAGAGUCCUCACCCUGGGGAUGCACUUUCCUUUUCCUGAGCUCCGCCCUCCGUCCCCUGUUCCCUUCUUUUCCUCCCCUCCCUGCUUCUGUCCUUUUCACUUUCUUCCUUCUUCCUUCUGCUUUCCCUCGGAGACAGCUACUGCCUAGUGCUAAUUAGGGGAGUCAGCGCAGGGUUACAAGCGCCCGUUCCUCCUGCGACGGACAGCGCUGAGUCAUCCCCCGAAGACGGAGACUGGUGAGUUAGGCCCCUGUGCUUCCAAUAUCCCGCUCGGCAGUUUUGCCCCAGCUACCCAGCACAUACCUACCGUUGUCAUGUGCCUCUUCAUUUAACCAGUACCUCUUUUAUUUAAUUUUUAACAAGACAAGCUAUAUAAUUCCUGUGUUUUUUAUUCUGCUGUAAUUCUCUGUAUUUCUAAUUAUACAUGACUUAAAUAAAUCGUACUCGAGGGAAAAUAUUGUGAAA